UUGAGUGUUCUUCGUUUGACUCUUUCUCCAUUUUUGUAGCCGAGCUUUUACUCGCCCACCUGCUCGCUUAUGAGUAGCCAUCGCUUGAAAGCCUUUAUCAGUUGGGAGUUAACCCUCUUCACAUGUUCUUCCAAAAAGCUCUUUUUCCCCCACUUUGCACCUUCUUUCUAUAAAAAUCUCUCUGUUCUUGAACAAAAAACAGAGCCCUUUUCACCUCUGUCAUGGAGCUUCUGAGUUUGUUCUAUUUGGGUUCCUUUUUGUUCUUCCUGUUCAUCAUUUGGAAGCAUUUUGAUGAAAAAAGACACCAACAAUGCUACAUAUUGGAGUAUCAAUGCUACAAACCAACAGACGACAGAAAAUUAAGCACAGAAUUCAGCGGAGACAUCAUAAAAAGAACCAAAAACCUCGGCCUCAACGAGUACAAAUUCCUCCUCAAAGCCGCCGUCAGCUCCGGCAUCGGCGAAGAAACCUACGGCCCAAGAAUCAUGUUCGCCGGCCGUGAAGAAUCUCCCACUCUCGACGAUGGAAUCUCAGAAAUGGACGAGUUUUUCCACGACAGCAUCCAGAAGCUCUUCGACAAAUCAGGCUUCUCCCCGCCGGAAAUCGACAUCUUAGUCGUAAACGUCUCAAUGUUAGCGUCGAUUCCGUCGCUCUCCGCUCGGAUCAUCAACCAUUACAAGCUCCGCCCUGAUGUCAAGGUGUUCAACCUCACCGGAAUGGGCUGCAGCGCUAGUUUAAUAUCAAUCGACGUCGUUUCAAGAGUGUUCAAAUCGUAUAAAAACAUGAACGCCCUCGUUAUAACAUCUGAAUCAUUAAGCCCCAAUUGGUAUUCCGGCAACGACAGAUCCAUGAUCUUGUCCAAUUGCUUAUUCCGAUCCGGCGGAUGUGCGAUUCUUCUCACAAACAACACGGCGUUGAAAAACAGAGCCAUGUUCAAACUCAAGACCCUGGUUCGAACCCACCACGGCGCAAGAGACGAAUCCUACGGAUGUUGUUACCAAACAGAGGACGACAAAGGCUACAUGGGUUUUCACUUAGGUAAAAACCUCCCCAAGGCAGCAACACGAGCCUUCGUCGACAACCUACGGGAAAUCGCACCGAAAAUUUUACCGACAAGGGAGCUUCUCCAGUUUUUGAUUGUUACCACGGUGAAAAAACUAAAGAGAAAUGCAAAACAGGGUAGUGGGGUGAAAACCAGUGCGGUGAAUUUCAAAACAGGGGUGGAUCAUUUCUGCAUUCACACCGGCGGGAAAGCGGUGAUCGACGGGAUCGGAGCGAGUUUGGGGCUGGAGAAGUAUGACCUGGAGCCGGCGAGGAUGACACUGCACCGAUUUGGGAACACAUCGGCGAGUAGUUUGUGGUAUGUUUUGGCGUAUAUGGAAGCGAAGAAGCGGCUGAAGAAAGGUGGGCGGGUUUUGAUGAUAAGCUUUGGAGCUGGGUUCAAGUGCAACAGCUGCUUGUGGGAGGUGGUGCGAGAUUUGGAAGACGCCAAUGUCUGGGAGGAUUGUAUUCAACGGUAUCCACCUGAAUCUCUGUCGAACCCAUUUCUGGAAAAAUAUGGUUGGAUUCAACAGGAAGACAUAGCCACUUUCAAACUCCCUGAGUGAUAGUCGAAUUAAAACACAACAUCGAAUAGUUUUGCGUAUUUACCGUUAUUGCCAUUGGUGCUGUUCAUUUGUUUCAUGAGGAACAGGUUCUUACUAACUAGAACAUGCCCAGAUUGUUCAUGUUUCAUUUCAUUGGAGUUUCUUAAUAUAUUUGAAUUCAUCGUGUUCGUGUAUGUCUGUACUUCUCGUCUUGGCUCGGGAUGUUUUGGAAGUUUCAAUAUUAUCAUUUGUAGUCGUUUUUUGGAA